AUGUCAACAUUUAUAUUAAGUAAAACCCAAAGAAGCAAACCUUUAUUACUCUGUAAUGGCCUUAAUUAUACUAUCGACAAAACAACUGAUGAUAAAAUUUAUUGGAAAUGCGAAUUUGCUCGAACGCUUAAAUGUAAAGGUCGAGUUCAUACUAAUUCUCUUAAUACCAUUAUAUCACAUGAAACUAAUAACCAUAAUCAUCUUGGAAAUGCUGUUUCAAGUGAAAUUCGAAAAUUUGAAGAAAAAAUUCGUGAUCGUACUAUUAACUAUAAUGAAUCUACACAAACUAUCAUUGAUAAUUGUUUAACGAAUUUAUCGGAUAGUACUGUAGUACGUAUUCCAAACUUUAAACAUAUAAAAAUUCAUAUUUAUUUCAUUAUUUUUUUUU